UCCCAUUUUGUUCAAACCCUAUAACCAGCUACUUGUUCCCUUAAAUCUUUUCUAGGGCAGUAAUUUCAGCCAAAAUGGUGAAGCUUCAGCUGCCCAACCCAGGCCUGGACAAUAGGAUACCUUCCCACUCAGAACUUGAAACCAUUGAGAAAGAAGAGGCUGAUACGAGACCAAAAUGGGAUAACAAGGCUCAGUACAUGCUAACCUGCAUAGGGUUUUGUGUGGGAUUAGGAAAUGUAUGGCGAUUUCCUUAUCUCUGCCAGAGCCAUGGAGGAGGAGCCUUUAUGAUCCCUUUUCUCAUUUUGCUUGUCCUGGAAGGUAUCCCACUGCUUCAUCUUGAGUUUGCCAUUGGUCAAAGACUGAGAAAAGGUAGUGUGGGAGUCUGGAGUUCUAUCCAUCCUACCCUGAAGGGAGUAGGUAUAGCAGCAAUGCUUGUAUCCUUCCUGGUGGGUUUAUACUAUAACACUAUCAUUGCCUGGGUGAUGUGGUAUUUCUUCAACUCUUUCCAGGAGCCAUUGCCUUGGAGUGACUGCCCACUCAAUGCUAACAGAACUGGUUAUGUAGAAGAGUGUGCCAAGAGUUCUCCCGUAGAUUAUUUCUGGUAUAGAGAAACUUUAAAUAUUUCCACUUCCAUUGAUGAUUCAGGCACCAUACAGUGGUGGCUUUUACUGUGUUUAACAUGUGCCUGGGGAGUACUGUAUGUGUGCACAAUCAGAGGCAUUGAAACAACAGGAAAGGCAGUGUAUGUAACCUCAACUCUUCCUUAUGUUGUGCUUACCAUUUUCCUGAUCCGUGGCUUGACAUUGAAAGGGUCAGUCAAUGGAAUUGUAUAUCUCUUCACUCCCAAUGUUACUGAACUGGCUAACCCAGUCACAUGGCUGGAUGCUGGAGCCCAGGUGUUCUACUCUUUCUCCCUUGCCUUUGGAGGCCUCAUCUCCUUCUCUAGUUACAAUUCCAUUCACAACAACUGUGAGAAAGAUGCUGUGAUUAUCUCCAUAAUCAAUGGUUUCACAUCCAUUUAUGCAGCAACUGUCAUAUACUCCAUCAUUGGGUUCAGGGCAACAGAGAGAUAUGAUGACUGUUUCGGCAGAAAUAUUCUUACCCUGACAAAUGCUUUCGAUUUGCCUGAAGGUAAUGUAACCCAGGAAAACUUUGAACAGAUGCAGAAGUGGUGUAACAUGACUGAUCCAGUGACUUUUGUAGGCCUUAAUUUUGAGACCUGUAACCUCGAAAGUUUCUUAACUGAUGGAGUUGAAGGAACUGGCUUGGCUUUUAUAGUUUUCACUGAAGCCAUCACCAAAAUGCCUGUCUCACCUUUGUGGUCCAUUCUCUUCUUUAUCAUGCUGUUCUGCUUAGGCUUGUCAUCUAUGUUUGGAAACAUGGAAGGUGUUCUUGUACCUUUGCAAGAUCUUAAUAUCGUACCCAAAAAAUGGCCUAAGGAACUUGUUACAGGUUUGAUUUGUGCAGGGUCUUAUUUGCUUGCCUUUAUUUUUGUGCUGAAUUCUGGUAACUACUGGCUGGCACUAUUUGACAGUUUUGCCGGAUCCAUUCCCUUGCUGAUAAUUGCUUUUUGCGAGAUGUUUUCAGUCGUCUACAUUUAUGGGAUAGACAGGUUUAACAAGGAUAUUGAGUUCAUGAUUGGACACAAACCCAACAUUUUCUGGCAGGCCACAUGGAGAGUCAUCAGUCCUCUCAUUAUGUUAGUUAUCUUCUUCUUUUACUUUGUGGUGAAAGUCAAUGAAGAACUGCUCUAUAUCAUUUGGGAUCCUAAUUAUGAUCAGUUCCCCAAAUCAGAGAGAGUUGGAUAUCCUGACUGGGUGUAUGCCAUCAUUGUGAUCUUGGCUGGAGUGCCUUGUUUGGUCAUCCCUGUCUUUGCCAUCUACAAAGUCAUCAGAAAUUGCUGUCAAGAACAAGAUGGACAUCAGGGCCUUGUCAUCUCAGUUUCUGAGCCCUCUGUGAAUGGAGACCUGAAGAAUCAUGCAUAAAAACAUAUUUCAAAGAGAUGGGAAAAAGAUCUUGUUAGUGAUGGAAGGAAAAACAAACCAAGAAAUUUAAAUGAAAUCCAUAGUUAGUUCCAUUGUCAUAAAGGGGCAAUGAUGUAAGUUCCCAGGGGAACAAUGAAACUAAGUGAAUCCUAUAGUAACUGAUUUCAGUGUCUGACUGUUCAGGCAGGAGAAAUAAUGUGAACACUAAUUUUAUGCUGACUUGUGUCUUGCACACUCAAUUGUUUUUUUAAGCACAUAUAUCACUGUGUUGCACAGAGUCACAAAUACUUUUCCUCAAGCGAAAGUUUUAAAUAUUUAAUUAUUAAAACAUUUCUAAGUAUGAAAAA